GGAAGAUGGCAACAGUAAUCGAAAUUUUGUUUUCGUUUUACGUUGAGAAUGGUAAAUAAAAGUGUGUUUCAGCAGUAUUUACUAACAAUUUUAUCUGCAGUUUUAUUAUCUGCGGUGUUUGGCUAUUAUGGAGACGAGUCAUGUUCUCUGCCUCAGACAAUUCAUGGAGAAUGGUUCUCACGGGAAGAUGGCUUGAAUAAUUUCAUUACAGUUGAUAGAAAAACUAUUCAAGAUAGAGGGAGUUGUGUGGACAUAUUGAAUACAAAUAAUGAUAAUUUCACUAUUCUGCUGAGAAAUGAUGCCUGCUAUCAUUGCAUUCGAAUAUUAGUAAGAACUUUGAAUGUUUUGGAAAAGACUGAAACUGGUUGCAUAAAUCCUGAAGGAGGCAAACCUUCACUUUGGUCUGUUUGCAAGUUUUUAGAUCCUAAUAAAGAACUUAUUACAUGGUUCUCAAAGAAUCCGACAUUGAAAAACUGCCGAUCUAGUUUAGAAGGUGUAUGGAAAUUUGCAUAUCAAAAUCAGUUCUUAUUUACCGGUGAAUGUAAGCAUCCUGAAGCAAAUAUUACUGCUUGCCAAACUCCUGGAAGUCAGUUUUAUAUAGAAAAUCAACAGUAUAUUAUGAAUUAUCGGCAUUGUGAAGGAGUUGCAGAGACUCAAGAUGCUGAGGUGCAGUACAAAUGCUUAGGAGAUUGGUAUAUUGGAAAAAAUCAUUUCUGGGCAGUUUUAAAUGCACGGGAAUCUAGAAUAGAAGAAGCUUACCGUUGCUUUCUUGCAAAUAGAGAUGAUGAUUACUACAUAUCAGUUUCCAUAACAGCUGAGUGCAAUACAUUAAAAACUGCACAAGGGGGACCAGAAAGAUUGCAUUUAACUCCUGUUAAGGCUGAAUAUGUUGAACCCCGUUGCAAGUUCUACGACAAUUUUACGGGUGUAUGGAUCAAUACUGCUAAUUUUGAUGCUGAAGUUACAAUCAAUGGCACACAUAUAGUUGAGCGUUGGAAGCCUGAUACAGGUAGAGAGAAAGUACAAGUUUAUAUAUGUCAUGAAAGACGAGAUUCACGUUUUGUUUUAGCCAGGAUGGGCAUUAAUGGAUGUCAGAAAGACUUCAUGUGUUUUGAUUUUGUUCCACGGCAUCAUAAUAUCAUCAGAUAUAGAAAAGGGAAAUCCAUGAUUGUAGAUGAAUUUUCAAUUGUAUGUUCUUGGACAAUGUUUCCUAAUAAAGACAAAUGGCGAUACGAUCUUCUAAUUGCCAUGAACCCAGUUUCAAUUAAAUGCCCUGUUGCUGGGAAAUUUCGUUUCUAUCAGAAGGGGGAUAUUCUGUUUGAAACAAGAAUAAGAGGUGGUGUCACAUCCAGCCCAAGGCCUAAUGUUAAGUGUCAGGAUAUUGUAUCUGAUUUUUCUGUUUGUGAUGCUGAUCAGAAGAUUAUAUACAUUGAUGCUGAAUACUGUAUAUCUGUUGAUUAUUUUGGUCGUCCUGUUGACAUAUAUAGUGAACCUGAUUAUAAAAUGAAAUGCAUUGGAUACUGGAAGGAAAAUUUAAAAUCUUAUUUAAUCACAUAUGAUGAGGAAGAUGCAUACAGUAAAUAUAGAUGCUGGGUAUACCAAAAAGCUGAUUUAAAUCGUCUACUAAUGUCUGAAUCUGUUGGAGCUUUUUGUCAUUUAAAGCAAGAUGUAUCUAGCUAUAAUGCUUCUGAAGGUGCUCAAGUUUCUCUUGAUAUGGAUGAAUAUGAGAGAGAACAUGAUGAUUGCCCAAUGUUCUUUGAUGAUGGUUCAGAUCCAUACCAACCACCUGCACAGCAAGUCAUGGUUCUGAAUUCAGGAAUCAUUAACUCUUUGCAUAUUUAUCUUCAGCUAACACUCGUGUUUAAAUGUGUUUCUAUAGUGUUAUAUUGAGAAAAUAGUGCUGUAUAAAUAGUGAAUUUCAAGGAACAGUCACUAGUAGUUGCAGUUACAAGGCCAAAGUGACAGCAUGGUUCUUGGAUUAUUCUGCCUUCAGCUCAUUUUAC